AUGGCGGGGGAGGCCAAGGAGCCGGAGGCGGCCGCCCAGGGCGAGGGGUCCAAGCCCAAGACCAAGGCCAAGAAGCCUAAGGCUGCGGCCGCGGCCGCCGAGGAGGGGGAGGGGGCCAAGGCCAACAAGGCCAAGAAGCCUAAGCCCGCGGCUGCGGCCGCCGAGGAGGGGGAGGGGUCCAAGGCCAAGAAGCCUGCGGCCGCGUCGGUGCCGGCGAUGGCGGAGGCGGAGGUGGAGGAGCUGCCCAAGGCCAUCGUGCGGCGGCUGGUCAAGGACAAGCUGGCCCGGGCCGCGUCCGGCGGCGAGGGGGCAGAGGGAGGGGCCGAGGUGAUUGUGAACAAGGACGCCAUGGCCGCCUUCGCCGAGAGCGCCCGCAUCUUCAUCCACUACCUCUCCGCCACGGCCAAUGAUGUGUGCAAGGACGGAAAGAGGCAGACGAUCAACGCCGAGGACGUCUUCAAGGCGCUCGAUGAGAUUGAGUUCCCCGAGUUUGUGGAGCCCCUGAGGACUGCUCUGGAAGAGUUCAGAAGCAGAAACGCAGCCCGGAAGCCAGCAUCAGGCAAAAAGCAAUCCGAAAAGAAGAGGAAACUGGAUAAAGAGGCAGUGCCCGAAGAGCAAAAUGGUGCAGCCGAUGAAGCCAAUGCGGGGGAGGAUUAG